UUUGGGGGGGAAUGCUGGUUCCAUCCUGUAUAGUAGGUGGCGGAAUGCACAUUAAAUUGUGUGAUCGCCAAUAUACCAUAGAAGAAAAAGAAGACAGGUGGAAUACCAGCCGGAAUACAGCUACGACCAGAAGUUACUUUUUGGUAGCAGGUACGCCAUCUAGUCACACCCUUUUUACAGUAUAUCUAUUGAAUGGGCAGUCAGUCUUUGGGUUCCACUAGUUACCAAAGCCACAAAGUCAAAAUUCUCUAUCGUAGAAAUAUCUGAUUUAUUAUUAUUUUUUGGCUUUUUGGUCUUAAUUCAAGGUUAGGGUUAGGUAUAAGGUUAGCAGUGUGGUUAAGGUCCAACAUCACAUUGUAAGAAGAUGGAUUGUAGAAAUGGGCGGGGUUUAUGACGUUCUGUAGUAACUCUGACGACCCGGUUCGAUGAGCUGCUUCAUUUGGUGGUUCACUACCUGCUAGCUACGUAGGUAAUGUGAGGCAAGAAGAAACCGACUAAACUAAACUACUGGCGGUCGUGUAAGUUAUAAGAUUGAGCAGUAAGCACAGCCAUGGGUUGGAAAUGGAGCAAAUUUAUGAUUGUAUUUCUUGUUUGUACAGAAUGCUCCUCGAUUGGUAAUGGUAACGUUAUCAUUCAGAAAACAGUGAAUUUGAAGCACGAGAUCACUCUCCCUUGCAAUGCAAUCUGUGACAGUGGCAUCGAGUGGAGGAUUCAUCGUGGCGAGAUGGUUGCCAAGCUUGAUCAAAGGAACUUCACUGGAGGAAAGGGCUUUGAGAACCGGGUUAAAAUCAACAAAGACUUCUCUCUCACCAUUACCUCUGCUGUGUACAAUGACAAGGGCUCGUAUGAGUGUCUCUGUGAUGGGUAUGCUGUUGGAGAUGUAAAUCUCGAUGUUCUGGUCCCAACAGAAAUAUCAGCUGACGUCGGAGAUAAUGUCACGCUUCACUGCUAUGGCUCGACCAAUAAGCAGGCGACCGAUGGUGAGAUGCAUGUGCAGUGGGAUAAAGAUGGACAGACUGUGCUGAAGAUUGACCCGACCAAUACUACCUAUGGACCUGGAUUCAUGAACAGGACAUCAGUAAACAGGGAUGGUUACAGAGAGGGUGACCUCUCCCUCAUCAUCACCAAUGUAUGCUCAUCUGACCAGGGGACCUACCUGUGCUUCUUCAACCGUCAUAGUGAUCCAGGAUAUCCACAUGGAGUCACACUCACUGUUAAAGAAAACCGUUUGGAGUCUACAACGAGUGAGACAACUACAACGAGUGAGACAAGUGGAAGGAGUAGGUUGCCAUUAGUGGUAUGUUUAGUAGAAUGUCUAGUCAUUUGUGUGUUAGUGGUGGUGAUCUGCAUGUGUAAGCAGAGACCUCCAACCAUGGACGACACAAUGGUUACCCUAGAACCACCACGUCUUUCCACCGAGGAGACCCCUCUUCCUGCUCCAGUCCAGGAAAGCGAACCAGUGACCACUGACAGACAGAUGAAUUCCGAUGAUCAUCCUGAUGAGAACAUGUGCCCCGAAAGAGUGGGACGUAUUCAUGAGGAUGAGCUCCCUGUCAUGAGGAUGGAACACACAGAGGAGGAAGAGGAGGAAGAGGAGGCCCUCCAUCUCCCCGUGACUGAAAGUGGGACACUGCUAGAGCAGAAGAAGAGUAACACAGGCAGUUGAGUAAUGUAUGAAGGUAGUCUGUUUUGGUUGACAACUUCAUUGUUGUCGUCAUGCCUUACAGUCUAGCCUUGUUGGAUGAAAGGUUCACUGAAAAAGAGGAUGUCUUCCCAUCAGAGUUUACUGUAUAAAUCAGUAGCCAAUGACUCUAGCCUGAUUGGCUUGGAUCAAAUGAUACUGGGGUUAUUUUGUCUGGGGCCAGUCUUUACUUAUGUCCUGCCUAGUCUUCCAGCCUUAUUGGUGGCUUCAAAUGUUUUCCCUGUGGACCCAUUUUUAAGGCCAGUGAUUUUACACCAGCAUAAGAAUUAUAUCGGGGGGAAAUGAAAAACAGUUUGAAUCGCUGAGUUCAUUCCGAACUCAGGGAUUAGGUGUGUUUUAUCCAACAGUUCAACGACUAAUAUUCUCAGCCCCAUCUUUCAUGUUUCUAGCAAUCCAAGUGAUCCGUUUAGCUGAAAAAUUGUAAAAAAGCAAAUUCUCCUUUAAGUGGAUAUGAAAGGUUAGGAUGUAAAGCGGUGGUGUAAAGUAUGAAAGUAAAAAUACUUUGAAGUACUAAAGUAGUUUUUUGGGGUAUCUGUACUUUACUUGACUAUUUAUAUUUUUGACA